UCUUCUGCUGUGUUCUAGAAGAAAAUACUGGUUGGGAUCAUCGUGGGCAGUUAUAGUGAUUAUGUCUUUUUCGUACACGUUUCGAGACAGACCAAGGUUGAGUGAUCGAAUACGUGGGAAGUCGGGCGAUGAGUUAUUUAAUGAAUUGAGAAAAGAAUUUGAUCAAGACAGAAAGUCUUUUUUUGACAGACCGUCCUCAAAUUUUGGAUCCUCAGCCGGCUCAACAUUUCCAAGGGCCGCUCAUUUUUUUGAAGACCCACUAUCGUCUAGAGGUCGCCCUGACAUCCGUUCUCAUUUAGAAGAUCUCGCUCAAAGACAUCCAGAACUUGCUGACCAUCUGCGCUAUCCUGCCUGGACUGACGAGCAGCCCAAGACAAAUACUUGGGGCCGGAAGCGACGGGGGUCGGAAGAAACUGACGAGGCAAGUAAACAACAAAACAAAGAGGAUAACAACGACUCUCUGCGAGGAAGAGCAAAGGAGAACCUAAGGAACACUGUUCCUGAUAUGGGACAGAAGCAACAACAAGCAGAGGAAAAAGAAUCUCGUGGACAACGAUCUUGGUCAGCACCGCCGCCUGAUAACCGUAACGAAAAGCCUCGUUUUGUUUCUAAAAUCGAAAUCAACCCAGUGAAUCCUGACGCAAAGCCACAGCUGCAAACACAACCACAACAGAGUUCGAGUACAGGUGAUGCAACUAAGCCACCAAUGGCUCCACCGAAACCACAACCUCAGCCCCAGGCUAACCAGCAACCACAGCAUAAAAGCUCAACAGUUAGACACAUCCCGAUCUUUGUAGAAGGACGAGACGAGCCUCUGUUACCAAAAGUGGAGCCUGAGGUCACCCAACACGCUGCUCCUCAACAACACUACGCACCACCACAGACCCAUUAUCAACAACCACCGAGAAAACAGACUCCGCCAAGAUUUGACCAGAACCCACCUCAUUUCGAACAACAAGUUCCGAUUCAAACCAGGUUUGAAACAGAAGUACCCAUCCAAAGGUUUGAAAAACAGGUGCCUGUUCAGUCACGCGAGAAAGAAGUUCCAGGCCAAAGAUUUGAGAAGGAAGUACCGAUACAGACAAGGUAUGAGCAUCAUCAACAGCAGCAUCCACAACAACAGCAGCAUCAUCCACAACAACAGCAUCAUCCUCAACAACAUCAGCAUCAUCCACAACAACAGCAUCAUCCUCAACAACCACAGCAUCAUCCACAACAACAAACACAACCUGAGCCUCAACAACCUCCAGUCAACCCCAACGAUCCGCUAUACAGGGUCGAGUGUGUUCAGAAAGAAGUAGAAGAGUUAAAAACAAAAAUUGACAACUUUAAUGGCACCUCGAGGAAAGACAAGGAGUACAUUUAUCUCGAUGAGCUGCUCACAAGAAAUCUGAUUAAACUUGACAAUAUAGAGACAGAAGGCCGCGACGAAGUUAGAGCUGCGAGGAAGAACAUGAUCAAGACCAUUGAGAAAUAUAUUAGUGCCCUUGAAAAUAAAGUUUCUUUGCCUGGCGGAAAUGAAGAAAAAAUGCAGUCGGAGGGCGAGAAAUCAGAAGCCAUGGAAGCUGAACAGUUGAGCCAAGGUGUUGAUAACAUUGGUGGCAAUGGCGAUGGAAGCCAGCCUAAAACUGAGCAAGAUCAAAAAGGAGAAAACUCCAUGGAAAUUGAACAGGAGAAACCCAAAGGUGAAGCAGCACCGAGUGGGAAUGAACAACCCUCGUCUGGAGAGAAUAAGGAAGGCUCCAGUGAAAGAGAGUCUUACGAAGCAGAGAAUAAAGCCGCGUAAAUAAUCUCGAGUGAAUGUGUAAUUUAAGUUGUUUAUUUAAAACAGUAUUCCUGAAGUUUUUUUAAGUAACUGUGUGUGAGUCACGCAAGUGUUUUUGUAAACGCUUUGGUUUUUACAAUUAAUUUAAAGUGUAGUCAAAGUUGUGCUGUACAUUUUUGUUCAUAAAGAGUUUUAGUUUUUGUACAGUUGUUAACGGCUAGAGACUGACUUUGUUUUCUGUACUUUUCUAAGACUGACUCGAUAGUUUGGUUUAAAACUUCUAAGUUAUUUUAUUAAUUGAGUUUUUUAAUAAGUUCCCAGUGAAUAUGUACACAGUUCCUUCACUCGAGAAGUGUGUUUUGGCUGAAAGAUGUCGCUUUUAUAGCUAUUUUAUCGCAAUAAUAAUACUGUACCGGUAAGUCUUGGAGUAGUAUAGGUAAAUAUUUUGUGAUAAAAUUAAAUGCCUUCAGUUUAUAUUAUGCAGCACUCAUAGAUUUUAAAUCGAGUUGCUGCAUCCUAUAGCUAGUCUAAAUAGCUUAGGUGUAAAAGAUGUAGGCCUAGAAUGAAUUUAGAUUUGCACAUUUUAUAAAUAAAUCCUUGUUCGAUAGCUUUUGAUCCAUAUUCAUAACCAUUUGUGCCAUCCAAAUAUAACUAUACCGGUAGUGUAUCUUGUAGAAUCAAUGCAAUAUUAUCAUAAGAUUGGGAAUUCAAAGUUGGCAUCAUUGUAAGCCGUACUGGUAAUUAUGUUCAAACUGAAUCUUUUUUCUAUGUUGAAAUUUUAAUUUAUACAAUUAUUGUGGUUAAGCACAGCUGUGAACAGGCCAGUAAAAAUUCAAGCAGCUCUUCCAUUGUCAUAUGAUGAAUAAGAAUUAGCCUGAUAUUUAUUAUCUACACUAUAGUAGGGGGUUUUCUCUUUUUGAACACAAUACACGUGUAACUCGACUGAGUAUUAAAAUUGGCAGCUUUUAACUUACUACAAUAUUAAAGAACCGUCCAUAAUAUUUGUAGGUUUUACAAAAUUGUAUAGAGCAGUCGGCAAUAUUUUCUGUAUUUUAAAAUUAAUCUCACUUCUUGAAUGUACAAAUUUAAUAAAGUUGUAUUUUAUGUAUCUCAA